GACCCAAGAGACAUUCGCCCCCUUAGGGUAACUUACCCUUAGAGAUGGGGGACUUCCACGAGGUAAGGUUGUGGGGCCCCAGGCUGCAGGAACGCAUGGGGACUCCGAAUCCGGUACGUCCUAAGAAACCUGACCUGUGGAGUCCGAUGGGCUACAGUAUCAUACCGUACUGCUCGAGUACGGUAGAGCAUAGAGCCAGGUUUGCCGUGCGAAUCGCGGGGCCAUUUCCCGAUUGUAGGGAAAAGCGGUAGCACAGCAUUUGCAUCGGGCAUUGAAUUAUUUGGAUGUCGAGGAAGCAAUUUUGCAUCGAAUAAGAACUUGGGUGCUCUUUCGUAGGCCCGGAAAUGGUUCUGAUCUCCAUCCUACUAACCCCAUAUCAGCGCUCAUAGUUGCGAGCGUAAUUCUUGGUCAAAAUGGGGGUGCAGAGGGAAUUCAAGCUUAGUUGGAGUUAUCAUGCACAGGUGGCUCUCUGAUAAGGGACUUUCUGGUGGGGGUGAUCACCGUGCGCACUAUUGUGAGCUUUGAUGGGUCCAAGAUAACCUCAACGGGGUCACUAACAGCGUCCUAGGCCUCAGCGCAUAGCAAGAGUUUUAGUCUCGAAACAGGAUUACUAGUCAACGAAAUAUAGGAUGUUAGUGGUCUCUUGAUAGGGCUACAAUAUCGUUGAAGAUUCCUUGCAAUGAAUGGUGUUCGAUUCUUAUAUCGGCAUUGGGUAUCGGUACCGCUCUACCCCUCGAGUUGUUGCAGGCGCUGGUUACAUGUUCUGGUGUGGCAUUCAGUGUUGUCGGGUUCAUGGGGUAUGAAUAGCUCAUUCGUUGUGGGAGUUGAUAUCGGAUGAUGAGUCAGGUGAUAUCGAGGGAGAGAGUAAGAUCCUGUCGGAAUACCGGUAAGCACCAGCUACGGCAUCAGCGCCCUUAACUUGCGGCAUCAGUUGCUAUGAUACCUGGCCACUAUCAUUGCGGCGAAACGACACAUCACCCUCGGUCCUCCUAGAUGCGUGUGGAGGUAUUGGAUUCACCAUAUUCGGCUUAUGGAUAGCUGCAGGUACCGAUGGCAUUGGAUAACUAGUCCAUUCAAACCCCGGUAGGCAACGGUGUUCGGGCAGCUUCAUCCUGAGCUCCGGGAAAUGCCUUUCUUCUAUGGUCGAACUAGGUUCAAGCCACCGGCCUCCCCAACCCUCUGGGGGGUAAAAGUCAAGCCAAGCCUUUCCGAGCACCUGCAAGUAGCGCAUGGGUUAAACACCGGUAUUAUACGAGCACAUCAGGGGAUUGGUCUACUAUAAUAGGGUGUCUGUGCUUCACAGUACUGUACCGGUAGACCACAGUACCGGUACUGUUCCUGCAUUCUCCUGCGGGUCCCCACAAAGCACGUGCAAAUUUACUAUUCAAGGUUAACGUCAAGUUACCGUAAGGCAGAUCUGCUGUCUGAGGGAUUGGUGCUGUUUUGUGCUGCUGGUCGCCUUCAUGGAAUUUAUUCGUGCUAAAUUCUUCAACAUGUGAAAGAACACUUCAGGCCCAAAGGAGAUUUCACACGCUUCUUUCGCCUUUUCACGGCAACUUCCGAUUGCCAACGUCCGAUCAACCUCGGGUCAUAGGAAUCGGAGAAACCGCAUAGAAUCAAACCCAAGACAUGACGUUAGCAUCGCUCCCCACUAACUCCUUCGAACUCCCCCGCUGGAUCUGAGCCACGAGACAAGGUCCAAAAUGAUGAAGUGUAGUCUGAUUGCGUCCUGUUUUUAGGGUAUAAAUUAAGCUGUGGGGCAUCUGACGUUCAAGGGCCUCCCUCGGGAUUCCUCGGCUUGUUCAGAGAAAAAGACAAUGUCCUUGCCUAUCCUUGAGAAUGAAGAAUGGAUUCCGCUAAAAAGGCUAGUGUUUUUUUUUGGUGUGGCUCAAAAUUUAGGAGCUAAAUAGUGUUUGUUCCCCUCUUCAAGUUGCUCGAAAAAUAUAUCCUGAUAUCUACUUUUUUGGUCCUCUGGAACCCCUUUCUGCCUGUCUGCCCAGUUCAUUUUGUCCAGUAUCUCUGGAAUCGUUUUUGCGACUCCCUAGUCUGUUGUGCACAUCAGGUUCCGGGCAAAGAUGUCAGCGAGGAACGGGGGUGAGAACGGGAAUGGCAGAAAGAAGCCAACGGCUGCGGUUCAUUUAAUAGGUAUUGUACCCACGGCCUCUGAAGAAUACAUGAAUGUGACUGACAACCAUGGACAGCUGGAGGAGGAGCAGGCCUCUGCGAAGCACUGGCAUGCCAUCCACUAGGUGAUUCCUUGUCCCUCGAUUUUCCGGAUACGGUCGCGGGCCUCUAACGGUAAAUAUCCGUAGAUACAAUCAAGGUCCGCAUGCAGCUCUCCCGCCGAAACCGAGCGCCGGGAGUAAAGCGUAAAGGAUUCUUCAUCGUCGGAAAAGAAAUUGUCAAACGUGAAACUCCGUUAGGUUUGUACAAAGGUCUCGGAGCCGUUGUGACCGGUAUCGUGCCAAAAAUGGCUAUCAGAUUUUCUUCUUUUGAGUUCUACAAGAGUUUUGCAAAGGUCCAUCCGGAGACGGGGAAGAUUAGUGCCAAGGCUGUGUUCAUCUCUGGGCUUGCAGCGGGAGCUACGGAGGCUGUUGCCGUUGUUACUCCUAUGGAGGGUGGGUGGUUUGGGGUAUUUGCGGGUUUGGUCUGUGCUCAUUCUUUUUAGUGAUUAAAAUUCGACUACAAGCGCAACACCACUCCAUGGCAGAUCCGUUGGAUAUACCGAAAUACCGUAAUGCGGCGCACGCGGCGUAUACCGUCGUACGUGAGGAAGGGUUCAGAACGCUAUACAGAGGUGUAUCAUUAACAGCUCUACGGCAAUCGACCAACCAAGCAGUGAACUUUACUGCGUAUACCUAUAUGAAGCAAUACGCUCUCACUCUUCAGCCAAACCUCUCUGAACUCCCCAGCUACCAACAUUUGUUAUUAGGAUUGGUUUCCGGCGCAAUGGGGCCGUUGUCCAAUGCUCCGAUUGACACAAUUAGUUUGUCCCUCCACUGGACCAUACUUGUCGUAGCCCGACUGACAUUUAUUAGAAACAAGGCUCCAACGCUCCGAAGCCCGGCACGGGGAAUCCGCACUCAAGAGGAUAACCUUCAUUGCAAAAGACAUGUUCAAACAUGAAGGAUUUCGGGCGUUUUAUCAGGGCAUUACGCCCAGAAUUAUGAGAGUAGCCCCCGGACAGGCAAGCCCCCACUCCCAUGCCCCCCGCGUAAGAAGGCAUGAAAGGCUAACGGGAGUGUGGUUAGGCGGUCACAUUCAUGGUGUACGAGUUUAUCAGAGGGCAUAUUGAACGAUUCCAGGUUUCUGGGGAUAAUGAUAAUCAAUAUAGGGAGUAAGCGAGAGAAAAAUCGAGGAGGCUUAAGGUAGUCUGUCUUAUGGAACUGUGAUGUUUGAACCGUAGAAUAAUUACGUCUGUUUGGAUUGGCGCCCGGAUUAUGCUGUUCGAUAUCUGCUAAGGCAACCGGUAGCCUGUGCCGAGUGAUAGCAUAUGAAUAAGAACAAACAAAUAUUCUCCGGUAG